AUGACUUGGUCAACAUUUUUGCUAGCAUUCCUUCUGGUUUCAACUGUGCUCUCACGAAGCCUCAAAAGGUACGGUAUUUAUUUUCAGAUUGAAAUUCAAAAAAAAAAUUUCAGAGAUCCAGAAUCGUGGGUUCAAGAGUGGAGAGCAGAAGAAUCUGCUGAACAACAACUUCCAGAAGUUCAGAAUCUGGAGGGCGAUUUGUUCAAGCGCUUCAAAUUGGGAGGAGCACAAAAUGUGGAGCCGCCAACACGUGGAAGUUCCACAGAAAAGGAGAAAUAUGGUCCCAUUUGGUGA